AAUAUGACCUAAUCACGUUGCUGUCCAGGGUUUACACACCUUUCGAGUGAACCUUGUGCCCUUAACCUUUACAACCACAUUUAACUUAUUAACAAUAAGUCUCACGUGUGACUAAUUUCAUUCUUUCUCAGUUUGUCUGAAGUGUGGCAUGCUUUAGUUUGAGCUUGUUUCUUUAUGUUGUUACAGAUAUAUUUCAACGUUAGGCUGCUGACAAAAGGAACACUGCUAAUUAUGUUGUUACUUAUGAUAAAUAUAUUAAUUAAUCAUGCCCUACUGCUGAAAUUUGGAGUCAGGUUCAGGUGGGCAUUACACGUGGUGCAACAAAAAAACAAGUUACUGGUUUUGCUGUGCUGGUGAAAAACAUUAUAUGACGAGUGGGAGGAGCGAGGUUGAGUACUCUUAUGUUGUCAAGUAGGACGGACGUGUGUUUUAGCUUUUGUGAAGAAGUGAGAGGAACAGUCAGGUCUGAGUGAAUGUAUUUAGCAGUACUGACACUCAUACAAACAGGAGGGCCGUGUUUGAGCGUAUAGUGGUUGUAGUAUGGAGGAGUACAAGGGAGACACAUCGAGGGCUGUUUCUCUGGCUGAGUGGUGUCCACUCACAUCAUAUGCCUGAGUGAUUGAGGACGCCUGCAGCACUGCAUUGUGGGCCAGAGAAAUGGAGUAGUAGCAGCUGGGAACAGAUUGUGACUUUAACGAAGCUUUGACAGGGAAAUGAUGAGACAAAAUAGGAGAAAUCAUAAAAUCAUCCAGUCAUAGACGCUCAUAAAGCAGUAAACUCUGGAACGGUAAUAGCUUCAGGAAUUCAAAACAACAAAAGUGGUCACCGACGGCAGCAGAGCGGCGACGGCAGGGCAAAUUCCAGCCAUUCCGGCGACUAUUUGGGAAGAAGAAAAGAAGGGAAGCAGAACGUGGGUUUGAGGGAUCUGAACUUAAACCUAGCCAUUCCACUGACGAUGUUUGCAAUGGGGUGGUCUCAGUUAAUGAGGAGAAUGAUCAGCAUCUAAGGGAGUUAAACACCCUAGGGUCCCGAGCUUUUUCACACGAGAGUGUAUUUAUCCCAGAGGACUCAGAGAAGACAUAUCCAGGACAGACAAUGUCUCAGGAGAACGUUUCAGACAAAGUUAGGAACAUUCAGAAGCAAAUUGGACAUAAUAUUAAAUUUGGUCAGAGACCUCCUUCACUUAGAAAGAGUGAGGGAGAUGAAGGUAGCUCAGAUGAAGAAGAGGUACCACGAAGUCCACUGAGGGUUCUUGCUCAGGUGGAGAAUGAGCCACCAGAACCCGAAGCUAAGGAAAAAGCUGUCAGCCAUGACAUGGUCCAGCACAGAACUCCAGUCAAAUCCCCACGCACUAAGCGCCCACCUCCCCUUGGCACAAUUGAGUCCAUCAAUCUAGAUGCUGUCCCUCAGUCUGUCCCACGGUUGGACAACACUGCUGCCAAACAUAAACUGUCUGUCAAACCGAAGAACCAGAGGGUGUCACGCAAACACCGAAGGUUCACACAGGAGUUUCACGAAGAGGAUCUCGCUGAAUUGCAAGAGGAAUCUGAAACACCAAAGGACGAAGAAGUCUUUGAUUUGUCAGGAGAGGACUAUAACAUUAUCCACAGAAGCAAAGAGGAUUAUGAACCCACAGAAAAAUCGAUGAGACGAAGAUUUCAUGAGGAGGAGCUAGAACGGCUUGAGCUUCAGAGAAGGGAACAAGAGGAAUUCAGGAAGAUGGAAGAACAACGAAGGAGAAUCGAGGAGCAAAGGCUAGAAGAAGAAAAGCGCCGCAGAGAGGAAGAGGAAAGGCUGCGAAAGGAGGAAGAGGAGAGGAAGCAACGAGAGGAAGAGGCGAGGAAAGAAAGGGAAGAGGAAGAAAGAAGGAAAGAAGAGGAAGAGCGAAGAAUAAAACUUGAGGAAGAGCGAAAGAGGCAAGAGGAGGAAAGAUUGAGAAAAGAGGAAGAGGAAAGAAGAAGAGCAGAGGAAGAGAGAAGGCAGCAGGAACUUGAAGCAGAGCGUCUUCGCCUUGAAGAGGAAAGAAAAAGGGAGGAGGAAGAGAGAAGGAGAAAAGAGGAGGAGGAGGCAGAACAACGUAGGAUUCAAGAGUUAGAGGAGAAACGGCAGAGAGAGGAAGAGGAACGCAUCCGUGAGGAGGAAAGAAUCCGACAAGAGGAGGCUGAGAGGAAAAGACUGGAGGAAGAGGAGGAAAGAAAGAAACAACAACAAGAGGAGAAAGCUGGAGGUACUGACCUGGAAUGGAAAAGAAAAGCAGAAGAAUUGAGAUGGAGAGAGAUGGAGGAGAGACAGAGACCUUUUACUUUCAAAGUCUCUUCGGGCGAGAAGCAGAUACUAUUCCAGAAGGUCAACCUCAGUCCUGUUACUCCAUCAACUGGCCAGCAGGGUGAAACAACAGCUGAAAGCAGGGAGGGAGCCAAAGCUCCUUCACCAGGAGGCACAGAUUCCCCAACUCUGUCUUCAUCUCUUUAUGUCCCACAUACUGCAAUACUUGUGACAGGAGCUCAACUUUGUGGAACUGCAGUCAAUCUAGAUCAGAUCAAGGACACAGCCUGCAAGUCCCUUCUUGGCAUUUCAGAAGGCAAAAAGGCCAUGGGUACUCCUCCAACCAAGAGCAAGACUUCGCCAGAUUGUAAAUCUGGAAAAACCAAAUCCUUAUACGAGUCUUCCUUAUCUGCAGACCAAUCCAAUGCUGCUGUGCUGGCAGAAUGGGCAAGUAUCCGAUCCAAAAUUUUCAAAGGUGCUGAGGACGGAAAAUACCCAGAAUACCCAGAUCAGAGUCGCAGACCGAUAAGUGAGGAUUUAAAUACAGUGCCAUUCUCUCACACCAACCUCAGGAAAACCAUGUCAGCCAGUGCUAAGUUUUCCAUCACACCAGCCAGAAAGAAAUUUGCUGAUUCCAACAGGAACUCAGAAAGUUUUGGGCAAGAAGACAAAGAUGGUGUGAAAAUAGAAUCACCUUCUACAGAAACUCCCCCUGUCCUAAAAUCAGAGUUGCCCUCUUUAGGUACCAAGAUCCAGAGCAGAGGAAGCAAAGUUGUCCGCAUCGCAGAUAGUGCUGAAGAAUGCAUGUUUGCCAAAGACCUCCCCUCCUUCCUUGUUCCCAGUCCGCCACAUGGAUCUCCCAAGUCGCAGAGAUCCGAGGCCGGAUCUUCAAGUCAGGCAGAAUCAGAAGACUUUGAUGCAAAGGAUGAAGGGGAUAAGAAGGAUCAGAGUGGUGAUGAACGGCCCUCACCUUUUGGAAUCAAGUUGAGAAGAACCAACUACUCUCUUCGCUUCCACAGUGAACAAUCGGCAGAGAAGAGGAAGAAAAGGUACAGUGCAGGAGACAGUUUUGAAGGCGUCCCAGUGCCCCUCACCUCCAUUGACCAAGACUCUGACACUUCUACACUUUCCGAAAAGUCUAGCCCUGUUUCUCAAGAGAUUAUCGGAUUUCGAACCACUGCAGCACCCAGUAAAGAAUCUCGAAGUAAGUUUAGCAGAAAUACUCUCCCUUUGGCACGCACCGAAGCCGACAACUUUGUCCCCAAGCCUCCACUUUACCAAAAACCAGCUACCUCCCCCAAACCAUCUGAAGGUGCCACACCUCCACCCUCUCCUCUUCUGAAACCUGGCAGAAGGACUUCAGGGGACAUGAUUUCACAAAGGACAGUGCAAGCAGAACAGGCAGAUACUGAGCAAAGCAGUGAUCAUAAGGAAGAAGUUGCAGCAUCCGUACCAUCCCACAAAAAUGGACAAGGAGAGGAGGAGCUUAAAGAAAAGAAGUCAUUUUUUCCAUCCAUCAGCAUCCCAUGGAGAGAAAAAACAGAUCGCAGGACAGAACUCAUUAAAAAAGAAAAACCCUCUCUGCAGGCCAGGCACUCUCUGGACAGCUCACGGACACAGGAGAAAGAGACAGGACCACUUUGGAUCACUCUGGCACUGCAAAAACAGAAAGGCUUUAGAGAACAGCAGCAAAACCGAGAGGACAAGAGGAGCCAGAGAGAAGCUAAGCUGACUGAGAAACAGACAAGGGACAGAGAAAGUCCUGGAAUGGUCAGUCCCACAGACGAUAAAGGCAAUGGAAGUUCCAGCCCUCCCAAGCCUCAAACAGCAGAUGAGAACAAGAGACCAGACACACUCCUGGCCCGUUUUGAACGACGCGACAACUUGAAGAAAGCCAACACCUUGCCCAGCUCAGUCACCGUUGAAAUUACAGACUCUACACCAUCUCCGCCAGCAACAAAAGAUGUGACAAAGCGCUUCCCUCCUGGUGACACUACCCAGGUUUCAACCGAGCCUGCCUGGCUUGCUCUAGCAAAGCGUAAGGCCAAAGCCUGGAGUGACUGCCCACAGAUCAUCAAGUGAUCAAUUACUACUGACCAGUGAAAACGCAAAUAAGUCAUCUCCUUCAUCCACAUCACUUAGCCAUCACUGCACUCCAGCUCUCCUCUUACUCUGAACAAAAAGUUUGUACUUUUAAGCAAUCAGGCAUUUCUGAAUAAUAGUGACAAAAUAUUGGAUAAACAACUACAUCAGCCCGUCCCUAUGGUUUUCAAUAUACAAGAUUAUUGCAAUAACAUGCAUCACACAUAUAUUUACUCAUUGUGUCACAGCCAAUCAAACAAGCCCUAGAAUCUUCAGAGAAGUUGCAGCCCUUCAUAUCUUUAAAGUUGCCAGUGGUUAACUGUGUAUAUACACAAUGCAUGUCAAGCUGUUGAUUCUAGAUAUUACUAAAACAAUAUGAGUGGUUCACAUUAAGUAAAAAUAUAACAUUUCAAGUAAAACAAGAAAGUAUGUUAUUGCUUUGGUGACUAUUCUGGGAAGCAAUUCAAGGGCUAAUAAUAACACAGCUGAUGAAACCUUCACAAAUUUCACUCCUCGCUCCCACAAGCAUGUAAAUCGGAUAAACGGUUUUGUAAUUUUUCUGGUUUUCUUUUUCCAUGUACACACUCAAAUGAGUUGGCACUCUUAGACCUUGCCGACGGACAGACAUUGUCACUUUUUUAUUUUCUAACUUAUUAAAUUUGAUAUCUUGGCAAAGUAAAAAAGAUCUUCACUGUGUCCGUGACAACUGUGAGUACUGUCAUUUUAACUAUUGCUAAAUAUCAUCACGAUAAUGACACGUCAGCACUGUUUACUCAUGUAAUUAACUAACGAUGAAUUUUUCCAUGACAACAUAGUUAUAUAUGCACUUGAGCCGUGCUGUCAAUUGAUGAAAAAUCUACUUCUUGCAGUGUCUAUACCCGCCUGUUUCUGUAGAAUUGGUUGCCUGGGAUCCGCCUGCUUGCUGUAACAUAAACAAUGCUAUCCUGGCGUAGCGUGUGCUAGCAUCUCUUUUACUGCUAAUUAGCAAAACCUGCAACACGGCUAAGUGAUGGGAGAUCAGUGUUUCAAAUGCAACGUCCCGGGGUGGAGGGGAGUAAGAACAAGAGGUCUAGCCAAUGGAAAUACCCUUUACAAAAAAGGGGGCAUUUCUAGCGAGUGAACAAAUGGACUAUUAACGGACAUCACCUCUACGUCCUUGAAUAAGGCAGCUAACCCCAGAUCGCUCCAGGGGGGAUUGUCCUUGUAGGUGAAGUUGCUCUGGAUAAAAAGCGUCUGCUAAAAGAUGGAAGUUAUCAAACGGAAGCCUUGAUCUCUCAGCAGAGCCACUGACUCCACUAUCUAAUGUAAUGUUGUAUGUAUGUAAUGUAUGUAGGUAUGUAUGUAUGUAUAGAGGUGAAACGAAGCAGACUGUAUUCCUUUGGAGAUCUCCUGAACUGCAGUCGCGUCACUUUGUUUUUACAUUGGUCGUGUGCAAUAGUGUAGCGUAAACAGUGUUGUAUGUGAUAUAAAACAAAAAGUUUGUUGAUAAUUGCACUUUUUUUGUUUCACUUUAGAAAAACCCAUUACAGAAAAAGUGACGCAAAUGUUAUGAAAUAUGUAGAGAACAUUAAAGGAAGCUGUUUGAA